CCGGUGCAUCCUGGGAUCAGGGCGGGGCCCUGAGCGCUGCCAUGUUUUUGUACGGCAGGAUCGCAAAGCACGCCGGGACCGGUUGGCUUCGUUUUGAAGACGUGGAUGGCGGGAAUUCUCGCCCCUGGCCUGGCAAGGACAUUGAGGUCCCUAUAACCGCUUGCCUAGACGACUUCAUGGGAAGGCCCUUGGGAAUCUGAGAUGGAGCAGGCGAACCCUUUACGUCCAGAUGGCGAGUCCAAAGGAGGUGUUUUAGCUCACUUAGAAAGGCUAGAGACCCAAGUGAGCAGAUCCCGUAAACAGUCUGAAGAGCUGCAGAGCGUGCAGGCCCAGGAAGGUGCUCUUGGAACCAAGAUUCAUAAACUAAGGCAUCUGCGAGAUGAGCUGAGGGCUGCGGUACGGCACCGGCGAGGCAGCGUGAAAGCACGUAUUGCCAAUGUAGAACCCAACCGAACAGUGGAGGUCAAUGAGCAAGAAGCAUUGGAAGAGAAACUGGAAAACGUGAAAGCCGUUCUGCAGGCGUAUCAUUUUACAGGACUCAGUGGUAAGCUGACCAGCCGAGGAGUUUGUGUCUGCAUCAAUACUGCUUUUGAGGGGAACCUAUUGGCUUCCUAUUUUGUGGACCUUGUCAUACAGAAACCAUUCCGGAUACAUCACCAUUCAGUCCCAGUCUUCAUUCCUCUGGAAGAAAUAGCUGCAAAAUACUUACAGACCAACAUCCAGCACUUCCUGUUCAGUCUCUGCGAAUACCUGAAUGCUUACUCUGGGAGGAAGUACCAGGCAGACCGGCUUCAGAGUGACUUUGCAGCCCUCCUGACUGGGCCCUUGCAGAGAAACCCACUGUGUAACUUGCUGUCAUUUACUUACAAACUGGACCCAGGUGGUCAGUCCUUCCCGUUCUGUGCUAGAUUGCUGUAUAAGGACCUCACAGCAACUCUUCCCACUGACGUCACCGUGACAUGUCAAGGAGAGGAAGCAUUAUCCACUUCAUGGGAGGAGCAACGAGCAUCUCAUGAAACUCUGUUCUGUACGAAGCCCCUGCAUCAAGUGUUUGCCUCAUUUGCAAGAAGAGAAAAGUUGGAUGGGUCUGGUCUCCUAAUAGAUUGUUUUCACUGCACUGGGAACACCUCAGAGAAAUAAACCCCUCCUCCCCUGCCAGGUGAAAGGAAAUAUUGCACUUUCUGCUCUCAUGACUAAGGGGACGGGGGUUCCAGAAGAACCUUUCAAGAUGAUGAGAAACACCAGGACGAGGGCCAUCUCACCUCACUUGGACCACGUGGAGACCACCAGGUAUCCUGCUUGACCUCCCUUCAGAAUGGGAGCAAAACGUUUGCCAGCCAUGUCCCGCCCCACCAAGCCCCGUCUGAAGCAGAGCUUCCCCGCCUGUGUUCCCUCCACAGUCCCGGUCAGCCCAGUGGCAAAGGCCGCUUCGUCCCAGCUCUGCCACCCUCCUGCUCACAGUGGCCAGGGCCCCUCAGGGGCAAGGAUAGCAGAGAUUGGAACGAGGGCUGUAGAAGGACUGUUCAGCCCUACGCCUAAGACCCCUACGCUGGGGACGCUACAGGCACAUGGAGGAAUAGCAGGGCCACCCUCAGAGUUCACACAUCCACGAGCAAACAAAGGCUGAGGAGAUUUCUAAACCUAAAGUCCGCCAGUGUGCACUUCAAUCCAGGAAGGCCAGGACUUCCUUCAGUUCCAAAAAAUAAAUGCUCCCAGUUUGGACUGUUGCAGGCUUGAGGCCGUUCAGGAGUUGUCUACCACCUGGUGGGGCAGUGUGACAGAGGGGCCGUUGGGGAAGGUGGCUGGCUUGUCCCGCCCCUUCAAGAAGAAGGUCAGCAGCUCCCCCUUCCCCUUCACAAAGAUGGGGCCCCGCCUCACAAAGCGGAAGCCGUACUCUCGGAGGAUGACUUGGGUUUCUUCUACCACCUGUAGAGGGAUGGGGAGCAAGAAUGUGGCGUUACUGGGGGAGCCUAGACUGAGGGCGGGUAGGGCUUUGGGUGGUUGGAGCUGAGCACUGAUCCAUGGGUCCCAGGCAGUACCGGGCCCUCAGCACCCUGGCCAAGCCCUUCCUUCCACCCCCAACAAGCAGCGGGUGGGCAGGAGAGCCCUGGAGUGACUGGCUGGGGGCCUUCUCUUGCCCAGGACAGCCAUGGUCACCUGGGUGGCAGCACUGUUGCCUGGAAACUGCCACUGCCUGCUCUUCUAUCCCUCUGCCCCUUUCGUGGAGCUCUUCUACCAGACCCCACUGAGAGAUCACAAGGUAUCGGAAGGUUCAUACCCAGAGGCAGGCCAUACGCACCCAGAACUUCAACCCAGGUUUUGUGGAUGGGUGGGAGCAUUUCCUCCUGCGCUGAGGCUAGCUAUUGCGGGGACUCCUUUCCACUCACCCCAUGCCUCUGUCUGCGGACUUAACUGUUCGGGGCCAGGGUGGGAGGUGGGCACAUGGGAAAGCACUGUUCCGAGUCUGAGCACACGCCGGCUCUGCUGCUGGACGUACCUGGAUGUUGCCCAUGACCCCCGUGGACUCCAUCCUGCUGGCUACAUUGACCGUAUUGCCCCAGAUGUCGUAGUGUGGUUUCCGGGCUCCGAUGACCCCAGCCAGAACCCCGCCUUUGUUCAUGCCUAGGGUAGAGGCAUCAAGUUCAGCACAGCCACAGGCCAAACCUUGUCAUGAGCCUCAGAAACCAACUCCUCUUUUAUAGAAUUUGUCACCAGACCUGUACCACAAAGCUCCUAAUUAUGUAACACAUCAUUGUCCUCGUUCAACUUGCCUGUAUGCUACUGGAGGGUGGCAGUCACGUCUCCUGUUUAUCUGUGUGCUUGGCAGUGUCAGCGGCCACCCCCCCCAUAUGCAGAUUUACUCAGCAUGGUAAUGGCCAGUUCUAAUACACCUGGUAUUUCAAAUCUCCUGUGACCUCGCUCCGGAAUGAGACCCCCCUCAGUGGAAGAGCAGGUGAUCUUAACUCCUUUCAAAGAGCAGGCUUGUCUGGGAAGCCAUGCCCUCAGCAGGCACAGAAACCCCUCUGGAAAUGGAUCACAAACUCACUUCUCAGUCAGGCAGGCCAGGCUUCUGUUGUAAACAGUAGGCACAGUAUAGCCUGACCAUCACAUCAGCUGGGUUUUGGUUUAGUCAUCUAGAGGAGUCUGGACUAAAGGUCUUUCAGGUCCCCUCGCCCUGUGAGUGCGUGAACCUCCCCACCCAAAUGCCUCAGUCCUCCUGAGCCUCCAUGUCUCUCCUGCUGGUGGGCCAGGCCCCUGCCACGGCAGGCCGGCUGGGGGCGCUCACCUAUGCGCAGCAUGAAGUUAUUGAAGGACUGGUUGUUGAUGUUGGUGAGCGUAUCCUUCAUGGCCAGCGCAAAGUCGGCCAGGUCAGCCAGGUGCUGCCAGCGUUCUCUCUCAGACUUGUCCUCCUGUGCCAGGGGACCGUGGAUAAAGUGUCAGGGGCCGCUCAUCGCAGCAGGCUGCUCUGCUGCCUUCCCUGGUAGUGUUCUGGGGGUGGAUUCCCCACAGCUAGAUGUUCAAGGCUCCUUUCCUCCCACAAAGGAGUCAGCAGCCGCGCUAGCUCCGACUUGCCACUGUGACAAAGUUCACGUAGCAGCUCUAAGCAAAGACUGGGCAAUGGGGGUAGAGGAGACGGACCCGUGAGUCUGACUGUGAGGCGGGCUCCUUCACCUUGGCUGGGCCUGGUCCUUAGGUGAUUGUCAAGUUGUCCUUGUUUGGAUCCCUCAACUAGGUGAUAAGCACUGGAGGGGGUGACCCGCCUUGGACGUGUUUCUGUAACCUCAUCCAUACAAUAGAGAGGGCCAUGGGAUGGUCUUAGAGGUAAAGCAGGAUGAUGAUGUUUUAAGACCAGAGCUUGGGACCAGGGCUCCUACACCUCAUUUUCUCUCCUGGUAGCUGAACACAGGUCUAAAUUAGCUUAACAAAUGAACAGGCUGCCGUUGACCAGAGUUCUGAAGGCCACACUUUUUAAGUUUCCCUUGUUAACAAUUGCUCUCCAGUUCCUAUGAAAGCACAGAGACUUAAGGGGGCCUGGCCACAGAACACAACCAUCUUAGGCCUGAGCUGUGAACAGCAGGAGGUUGUGUGUGUGUUCUGUUUCUCUGCUUGCCAGACUUUCUCAAUAAACCCUACUAUUUAUA